AUGGCUGAUCAAGUGGAUUCAACUAGUGGGAUUGAAGCUCAAGUGACUUCAUCUACACACUGGUCAGAGCAUAAUGCACCGAAUGGUCGAAAGUAUUAUUACAAUGCAAUUACAGGCGAAUCGACGUGGGAAUGUCCAGUAGAACUAUCAAUAGCAGCUUCACAAGCAGAAUUAUCUCGUGGUAUUAUCACUUCUCAGCAACAAUCGAGUCUUAGUGCUUUUCAACAGCCUCAGCAACAACUUGGAGGUCAAGCACCUCAAGGUGUUACGCCCUAUGGAGGAUAUCCACAAUCAUACGGCCAACCUAUGCAAUAUCCACCUCCGUACGGUGGUAGUGGCUAUAUGUACCCUUUUCCACAAGCUUAUGGUUAUCCACCACAGAUUGUAGGUCCAGGUCCUCCGAUCCAGACCACGGAAAGUGGUCAAGGACCUCCUGGAUGUAAUUUAUUUGUGUUUCAUAUCCCGAACGACAUGACUAACCAAGAUCUCUUCAAUUACUUUGCUACAUUUGGCAACGUGAUUAGCGCUCGCAUUAUGGUGGAAAAGGAGACGGGAAGGAGCCGUGGUUUUGGUUUUGUGAGCUACGACAAUGCUUCGUCAGCUGAUGCUGCUAUUAAGGGAAUGAAUGGUUUUCAGGUUGGUCGCAAACGCCUGAAAGUGCAGCACAAGAAGGAGAAGAGCCAAGGUCCUAUGUUUGGCGACAUGACUGGUCACAUGGACAGCAACGCCAAUGAAAUGGCUGCCCAGGGCGCUAGUGCUACUUCGCUGCCCUCAGGCAACUAG